ACUGAUCUUUGGCUGAAGAUAAUCUAUUAUAUUUUAUCUUAGAGACUUUGUUCUUUGUCUUCAAACAUUAGGCUGAACGAUGGGGUGGAAUGAUUCAUUAUUGCAGUAUAUGAGGGGUUAUUGGAAGGGGCGGAUAAUGCUUUUGCUGUUGGGACACUUCAAGGCCUGGCUUGGCUAUCUUCUAAUUUUUUAGGUUCAAGCUUGUACACAUAGAUCUGGUAUGGCAAGCUGUCCCUCCCUCCUUUUCGUUUUCAAAAAAGCAGCAACAAAAAGAUUAGCAUUUAAAGGUUUUGAAAUAAUUGAAUCGUGAUUGUAUGAUGUGUACCUUUGUGCACAUGUCUGUGAGAAGGCGUCUCUGGCGGCAGCUUUGUGACUACAUUAUGUAGAUGCCGGAGCCUCCCAUCCAAUGAACUGGAGCUGAGCAGCAGAGGUUUGAAGUAGUGGGGAGGAGAAAGAGGCGAGCAAGCUUGCUUGUAUCUUUAGGUUGCUGCUGCAUAGAUGCUGGGGAGAAGAGAAGCAGCUCCAUGGUGGUUUUUCCCCCCAGUUAGGUGGGGGAGGAGAGUGAGGUGAUGUCAUUUUGCUUUGGAGCGGCUGCGGAAGAGAGUGAAAAGCGGCUGCCGAUGGCAUUGUUUUUGUGGCAGCAGCAAGUGAAUGACAGACACUCACUACAAAGAUACUCCCUUGUCCCCUGCGUAGCCUUGGUUCUUGCAAUUCACCAUGCCAGCGCAGCGCCAUGAGUCCUGGAUGCAUGCUGCUAUUGGUGUUUGGCUUCGUUGGCGGGGCGGUGGUCAUUAAUUCAGCUGUUUUAGUCUCUCUCUCUGUUUUGCUGCUUGUGCACUUUUCUAUAUCCACGGGCGUGCCAGCUCUGACGCAGAACUUACCAAGGAUUCUCAGAAAGGAACCUCCCACAUCAUUGGGCAUCUUCCCACUACCUCCAGGAGAUGCACUUCUCACACCUGAUAAUCACAGAGGAACAGUGGAAACUCCUGGGUCAGAUAAUUGGAAGUUCCGUGAACUAAGUCAGCCACGCUCCCGCACCAGUUUAAAGGAUGAACUUUCUGAUGUUAGCCAAGCAGGUUCCAAAUGUACUACGCCAAUCUUAACUGCUGCUUCAGAUGUGCUUGCGCCUGCUGAAUCUCCCUCGAAAGAACACAAGGAAGGGCUUGAGAAGGACUCCGAUAUAGGGAACAAGAACAUUGAAGUGCAAGUAGGCCAAGAAACAAGAAGUGUGUCUAUUGGUUCUAAUGAAAAUGAAGACAAAUCUGAAGUUCAGGCAAUCAUUGAAUCCACCCCAGAGCUGGAUAUGGAUAAAGACCUUAGUGGAUAUAAAGGAUCAAGCACACCUACCAAAGGCAUAGAGAACAAAGCAUUUGAUCGUAAUACAGAAUCACUGUUCGAAGAACUAUCUUCUGCUGGCACUGGUCUGAUAGGGGAUGUGGAUGAAGGAGCAGACCUACUGGGAAUGGGUCGUGAAGUUGAAAACCUUAUCUUAGAAAAUACACAACUGCUAGAAACCAAAAAUGCCUUGAAUGUGGUGAAGAAUGACUUAAUAGCAAAAGUAGAUGAGCUCACCUGCGAGAAGGAUGUGCUGAAAGGAGAGCUGGAAGCUGUAAAACUGGCCAAACAAAAGCUUGAAGAGAAGAACAAGGAAUUGGAAGAAGAACUUAGAAAAGCCCGCACAGAAGCAGAAGAAGCAAGGCAAAAAGCAAAGGAAGACGAUGAUAGUGAUAUUCCUACUGCUCAGAGAAAGCGAUUCACUCGGGUUGAAAUGGCCCGUGUCCUCAUGGAAAGAAAUCAGUAUAAAGAGCGGCUAAUGGAGCUCCAAGAAGCAGUGCGAUGGACUGAGAUGAUACGGGCAUCACGAGAAAAUCCAGCCAUGCAAGAGAAGAAGAGAUCAAGCCUUUGGCAGUUUUUUAGCAGACUAUUCAGCUCAUCAGGCAAUACUGCUAAGAAACCAGAACCACCAGUUAAUGUUAAGUACAAUGCUCCAACCUCCCACAUUACUCCAUCAGUCAAGAAAAGAAGCAGCACCUUAUCCCAGUUACCCAGUGACAAAUCAAAAGCCUUCGAUUUCCUCAGUGAAGAGUCUGAGGCCAGUCUUGCCUCACGCAGAGAGCAGAAGAGAGAACAGUACCGCCAAGUGAAAGCCCAUGUUCAGAAGGAAGAUGGUAGGGUGCAAGCUUUUGGUUGGAGCCUUCCUCAGAAAUAUAAACAGGUUGUAAAUGGUGGUGGCCAGGGUGAUAACAAAAUGAAGAACUUACCUGUGCCUGUUUACCUAAGGCCACUCGAUGAAAAGGAUACAUCCAUGAAGCUUUGGUGUGCUGUCGGAGUUAAUUUAUCAGGAGGGAAGACAAGAGAUGGCGGUUCAGUGGUUGGUGCCAGUGUGUUCUACAAUGAUGUGACAACUCUAGAUGCAGAGAGCAACAAACAGAGGAGCGCGUCACAGAGUAGCUUGGAUAGAUUAGAUCAAGAACUCAAGGAGCAGCAGAAAGAGCUGAGAAACCAGGAAGAAUUGUCAAGCCUUGUGUGGAUCUGUACUAGCACCCACUCUGCUACAAAAGUCAUCAUUGUAGAUGCUAACCAGCCAGGAAACAUCCUCGACAGUUUCAUUGUUUGUAAUUCUCAUGUGCUUUGUAUAGCUAGUGUACCAGGAGCCCGCGAAACUGACUAUCCUACAGGAGAAGAAGGGUCACAAGAACUGGACUCUGGUCUGGUGGACAAAUCAUCCUUGUCUGCCAGUAUGAAUAGCAACAGCUCAGCAGAAACAGACAGUCUUUUAGGAGGAAUCACAGUAGUUGGUUGUACGGCAGAGGGUAUUACAGGGCCUUCUGCUGCCCACAGUGCCAAUGGUGCCUCCCCUGAGACAAAUAAACAGCCAGACGUUUCAGCUGAGAAUGAUGCAGUGGAUGAGAACAUUCAGACAGCAGAGGAAGCAACUGAGGCGACAGAAGUCAAUGCUGGCUCAGGAGAAGAAGUUGCAGAUAUUGCACAAACUGGAGUCUACACAGAACAUGUCUUCACAGAUCCCUUGGGAGUUCAGGAUACCGUAGAGGGCUCUCCAGCAUUUCAGCCUAGCAACGAGUCAGAUUUGUAUAAGGAUGUUGCUGUAUUGCCAAAUGAGCAGGAUCUCGUAAGAGAAGAAGCACAGAAAAUGAGCAGCCUUUUGCCAACAAUGUGGCUUGGAGCCCAGAAUGGAUGCUUAUAUGUUCAUUCUUCAGUGGCUCAGUGGAGAAAAUGUGUUCAUGCAAUUAAACUUAAAGAUUCUAUACUCAGUAUAGUACACGUAAAAGGAAUAGUAUUAGUUGCACUAGCAGAUGGAACUUUAGCAAUAUUUCACAGAGGAGUAGAUGGGCAAUGGGACUUGACAAACUAUCACCUUCUAGAUUUGGGCCGACCUCACCAUUCAAUCCGGUGUAUGACUGUGGUACAUGAUAAAGUCUGGUGCGGCUACAGAAACAAAAUUUAUGUGGUUCAGCCGAAAGCCAUGAAAAUAGAGAAAUCGUUUGAUGCACACCCAAGGAAGGAGAGCCAAGUGAGACAGCUGGCCUGGGUGGGAGAUGGAGUAUGGGUGUCAAUCCGUUUAGAUUCCACACUUCGCCUUUAUCACGCUCACACUUACCAGCAUCUACAAGAUGUUGACAUUGAACCCUAUGUAAGCAAAAUGCUAGGUACUGGAAAACUGGGAUUUUCAUUUGUGAGAAUCACAGCUCUCAUGGUGUCGUGCAAUCGGUUGUGGGUUGGAACAGGCAAUGGUGUCAUUAUCUCCAUUCCAUUAACAGAAACUGUAAUCCUCCACCAGGGACGUUUACUGGGGCUGAGGGCUAACAAAGCAGCAGCAGGUUCUGGCAACCGUCCAGGCAGUGUAAUACGUGUAUACGGUGAUGAAAACAGUGAUAAAGUGACACCUGGGACCUUUAUACCUUAUUGUUCAAUGGCACAUGCACAACUUUGUUUCCAUGGGCAUCGUGAUGCUGUUAAAUUCUUUGUUGCAGUACCUGGUCAGGUUAUUUGUCCACAGACAGGAGGAGGCCCAGAGCCACCCAGCGAUAAAGCUGCCCUAUCUGCACAGGAAUCCAACAGCCAGGUUCCCUUAAAAUCCAUGUUGGUGAUAAGUGGAGGAGAAGGGUACAUUGACUUCAGGAUGGGUGAUGAAGUUGGUGAAUCAGAAAUCCUUGGAGAGGCACUACAACUAGAGCCUUCUGUAGCCAAAGCUGAGAGGAGCCACCUGAUAGUGUGGCAGGUUAUGUGUGGCAGUGAAUAAGCCCCUCCCUCGGAAAGCGGCUUGAGACUGCAAAAGCUUUUGCAUGUCUUUUGUUUUCAUUUUGUUUUUGUGGAACCUGUUUCACUACAUUUGAGCAUUUCUUUGCCAUUUGACUUUAUAUCACAUACCUCUCAAACCUUAACAACACGAGAAAUCAGCUUGUGCUGUUUUACUGCAUCAGUGUUACGUAGCAAGAACAAAUUGGUUUCCCCAGACAAAUGCUGUACAGUAAUUAGGUCUCCCCAAUGCCCCACUGCAAUAGAAUUCAGUUUAUUUUAUGGUGUCACUUUUUACUACAAAUUUAGUUUAAGCAUCUUGAAUUCAUCUGCACAUUUGAGUAAAACAGCGAAGUUAUUUCCGGUGUACUGUUUCAAAAAUAUCAGAUGAAUUAUAUCCAAGUGUCAUUCUGUGCAUUCGGUGAGGAUUAAAAAAAGAUUUAAGUUCUGUAUUUUUUCCACUUCUAAAUCCUACCAAUCUUGUUUCCCCUGAUGUAUUGAAUAUGCUUUGCUCAUAUCAAGAUCCAUGGGCUGAUAACAUAAAGCUUCUUGUUUAAUUGCCAGUAGCACUAAAGAUGAAAAGUACUGCCCUUAAUAAUGAGAAUUGUGGUAUUUUAUGGGGAGAAUCCUUUCCUAGUUUCCCUAUGUACUUGGGACGUAGGGAUGUAAUCAAGCUGUUCCCAUCUUGAUUAAUCUCAAAGGACAUUCUUAGAAUUACUUGCAGCCUGAUUGUAUGCUCCUUGGGCAGAGGAUAGGUCACCUUUGCACACCUAUCAUCUUGGAUCCCAGCUGGUCAGGUUUAUGAUACGUGAUGUAAACAGACUCAAACAGGGAGCAAAUUAGCUGAGAGCUUUUAACUACUCAAGUGAAAAAUCACCCCUAAAUUGGUUCCAGGUGCAUUGUUGUAUCACUUGCAUUGGUGUGGUCACUUACAUUAAUGGGACAGAAUCACUGUAAAUGGUCUGGGAGUCUACCCCCGAGUCUGAGGAAACAAAAAUAACUCCAUCUCACUCAUUCUGAUUUACUACAAGCUUUGGAUAGAGUGAUCUCCUUUGCUACAGAUUUCCCCAAUUGAAUGCUAUCCUUUUAAUUCCUUAAAAGGUGUAGCAGCUUCCUAAUAUUUCAUUUCUUGGAAAGUAUGAAUUAAAAUAUUAAUGUUCAUUAAUGUACAUGCCAAGAGACUGUGGCUAUUCCCAUUAGAUGGGAGCAGAUUUAAGUGACAGAAUGGAAGAAUUUCAAAAGCGUUUCAAAUAGAAAAAGGAACAGUCUUGAAAAACUGCCUAAACAUUUUUAUGCAAUAGGAGCAGUUUGUGAUCUGUCAAGGAAACAUGUAUUUAUAAUAUAUAUAUAUAUAUAUAUACACACACACACACACAUUAAUUUUUUUAAAAUCAUGUUAAGCUGAGAUCUAUUGUGUAAAUAUUUAUUUAGGCAGCUUUUUAAAAAAGAAAUGAGCGUCUUACCUGAUUAAAAAAAUUAGUAAAACAACAUUCAGGUCUAUUGGUUAUAGAUUUAUAUGUAUAAAUACUUUUUAAGCACCAUAUUUUGUACACGACAGAUAAGUUCUGGUAAGUAUGUAUUUAGACCAUGAAAUGUGUGGUUAAAAUUUAUUGAAUGUCUAAUAUCUUUGGUAAUAGGAUUUUUUCCUCCAAUAUGCCAAAAGCGAUAAGUGAUCACAAUUUACUCAACAUUUUCAAAUGGCUAAACUGUGUUUAGAAAAUAUGAGAAAAAGAAUCCUGAUCUAAAAACCCUAUGGAAGGUCCAGAAAAGCAUGUCGCUUUUUCUCUUCUUUGUUUUCCAGAAUGCUCUCACAUGCAUAAAUACACCACACUUAUUUGUGUUGCAAAUCCAAGCACUUAUCCAACACUGGAGAGAAUACAAUUCAAUUUGGAGAGAAUGUUCGGGGUGGGGUGGGGGAGGCCUUUUGCUCCAUGUGCCUAACUUGGCACAGAGAGCUGUAUCAAGACACACGUUUUGGCUUUUAUACUACCCACACCUAGCUGUAUGUGCAGCAUGUAAUAUUGUGUGUCCAAAUGAAAUGCUCACUAAUUCUUCACAGUUUCAUGAGCCCAUCAACUUUAAAUCCUGCACUCUUAUGGGCACCUCUGUAAUCCUUUCAUGGUAUGAUUUCUUGGAAAGUAUUCUCCAAAUCUUUUAUGGGUGGCUGAAUCGCUACAUUCACAUUCUUGGGAAAACAUACUUUUUUCCAUUUUAGUGUGGUGCUUUAAUGAGCUAUUUCUCCGAAGUGCUUCACUGCUGUCAGACAAUAGAUGCACCUGGGUAGCUAUUUUUAAUAGCUUGCCAGUUGUAGUGAGUAAACUGAGCCAUUCUGUUCUCAUUGAGUCAACUGCUAUUCACAGCAGAGGAGUCAACAGACCAGCAUAGACUUCAGCACUAUUUUUCAGUGCAAGUGAGAGAUUGGCACAUGUUCUCUUUCCCGUGUCCAUUUUUAAAUAUAUCCCUUGUCGUAAGGAAUAGCAGGUUUAGAUGGUGGGCGUCACCACCAUUCACUAAGAUUUAAACACUCCCUGUUCCAGAGCACUUUUUAAACGAUAGGUGGUAAAAGCUCGCUAAAUUUCAUGCAUCAAAUGAUUGCCUAAAAUAAUAAUCUGUUUUGAGAAUGUCUUAUGUAUCACGUACUCAUACUUCUAAAAUCAGGAGUUGGAAUGAAUCUCUUGAUAGUUAACAGUUUGUUAAUAGUUUGAGAGAGCAUUUCAAGCACAAAAAUAUGCAGCACAUGAUUUGUCUGAAUAGAUGUGUCUUGCAUGGUAAAAGGUAAAAUGAAAUUUAUAUAUCCUGCCAUAUUGUUCAUUUCUUUGUAAGGUCUUCCUGCGUUGGAUCAGUUAGAGCUGGCAGAGUGUAGACACUUUAUCAUAGGCUGCCUUAGUAACUACAAAAUGUUUUUAUAAUCUUCUAAUAUGCUAACUGUUCUAAUGAACAUGGUGUCUUGAAGAUAAUGUGUAACUGAAUAUUUAUUUCCAUGUGAGUAUUAUGAAAGUUACCAAAGGACUGAAACUGACUUGGCACUCUUGCAGUUGACCCUGUGCAUAAAGGAUCUUAUAAAGAUCCUAAAUUUGUAAAAAUGACACAGAGUGGGGGGGGCAUUUCUUUGUGGAUGCUAACUUUAUUUUCCUAACAGGGUUAUGCCAUAUUGUAACAACCUAUGUUGCACCUCAAAACUUUGUUCUAUCCACUAAAUAUUUUCCUUCCCUCUAACAAUUUCUUUGCUGCACAUUUCUCAAUCUUUUAAACAUGUUUUAACACAUUUUAUGGUCUUUAAUUUUUCUGAAAAUGUUGUCUAGACACUUUAUUCUGAAUUUUAAUUGCCUCUGUAACCUUGAGAUGGAUACUGCAGCAUUAAAAUUGCUGUCUGUUUAAAACUUGAGGCUUCUUUCUGUGAGCCAGAAAGCUCAUAUAGCAGUGAAGUUAUUUCAGUAUUUAUUAUUGAAUCCUUGGGGGUUCAGAAUGUAACUUUGUACAUGAAAUAUAUAUAAAUAUGUAUAUGAAACGCA